AUGGAACAAUCAACUUUAAAUCGACAAAACUGCGAAAAUACUACUAUAAGGUAUACAUUGGAUGCUUUACAAUCAACAGAUGGACGAUCAAAACGUAAGAAAGAAUCGAGUUUUGAUAAAGAAGUUUGUUUCACAUUAUCAAUAUUAUCAGUUAGUAAGAACAUAAAAAAAUUAUCUGUUUCAAUUCUGAAACAACUUAUUUUAAAUAUUCAGAUGUCUACAGUAGACCCUCCUGGUAAGCUAAUUUGCAAUCAGUGUGGUAAAUCUUACGCUACAACAUCAAAUCUGUCACGUCAUAAGCAAACACAUAGACCUUUAGACAGUCCUUAUGCAAAACAAUGUUCAUAUUGUGAUCGAAUUUACGUCAGCAUGCCUGCAUUGAGUAUGCACAUGCUGACUCAUAAAGCGUCACACAGAUGCACGCAAUGCGGAAAAAUAUUUUCACGACCGUGGCUUUUACAAGGUCAUAUGCGAGCGCAUACAGGUCAAAAACCUUACGGUUGCGCACAUUGUGGCAAAGCUUUUGCUGACCGUAGCAAUUUACGUGCUCAUAUGCAUACACAUUCUGGCAUUAAAAAACAUCAAUGUAAUGGUUGUGGAAAACUGUUUGCGUUGAAAAGUUAUUUAAACAAACAUAUGGAAUCUGUUUGUCCGAUUCAACGUACAUCACUUGGCCAGCUAAAAGUACCUACAGAAAUAUCUUCAUCUAACACUUUGACAGUAACUUCAACUGUAAACGAUAUGUGA